UCGACUGUGCCUCCGCGGCCGCCGUACUUGUUGUUCUCUGGAAUAGGAAGCACAUCUUGCGCCCUGUUAUUAGCCGUGCUAGCCGCUAGCUAAGGCAAUGGCUGAAUAUUCUCGCGUAAAAUCAACCAAACUGGUUUUAAAGGGUCUCAACAAAGGGAAAAAGAAGAAGAAUAAAGAUAAGAAGAGAAAGGCAGCAGAUGAAGAAGAAAAACCUGAUGUUGUUGGUGGUUGGUGGUCUGUCAGCAGCUUUGGUGAAAUCACUGGAACGGUUGCCAUAGAGAUGCAGAACAACUCGUACAUCCAUGCCCUGGAUAGUGGGCUCUUCACAAUCGGUGCACCACACAAAGAUGAUGAAGGACCUGACCCUCCAGAACAGUUUACUGCGAUCAAGGUCUCAGACGCAAGAGUAGCCUUGAAGUCUGGAUAUGGCAAGUACCUGGGUAUCAACUCUGAGGGUUUGGUAGUGGGGCGCUCUGAUGCUAUUGGCGCCAGGGAACAAUGGGAGCCAGUCUUCCAGGAGGGCAAAAUGGCUCUCCUGGCAGCAAAUAGCUGUUUCAUCUCCUACAGUGACAGUGGGGACAUCGUGGCCAAGAGCAAAACAGCAGGGGAUGGCGAGAUGGUGAAGAUCAGGUCGAGUACGGAACGGGAGGUUAAGCGUAAAGACGAGAUUGCGGAAGAGGACCGGGGCAAUGUGAAGUCUUGUGAGCUCAAUUAUGUGAAGAAAUUUCAGAGUUUUCAGGAUCGGCGGCUCAGGAUUAAUGAGGAAGACCCUUCCACACUAAAGAGAGCCAGAACAGACGGGAAGUUCCACGAAGCUUUGCUUGACAGGAGAAGCAAAAUGAAAGCAGACAGGUACUGCAAGUGAAGACUCAACUUCUAUCCACUGCCAUGUCUUUGUUGUAGAUUUUAUAGAUUUGGCCAUUUGAUCUGACAUUUUAUGUACUGUUUUUGUGUUUUGUUUUUUUUUCUUCAUAUUUUGAAUAAAAUUAAAUGGUCAUGUCA